CGUCGCCACUCGAUCUCGAGCCCCUAUAAAAGGCCAUGAAGUUCGGCCUGCUCUACGCACACUGCACACACUACUAUACACAGCUAGCAGCACAAGCUAAAGAUUAGUAACAACUGCACGUAGUAGGGUGCCCAAUGGCAGCCUUGCCAACGUGCUUGGUCGCCCUCGUCGUGGCUCUCGGUUUUCUCUUCGUCCGACAGGGCUCGGCGGCGAGGACGACUGCCGGGGUGUCCGUGGAGCAGCGGCAGGAGGUGGAAAGCCUGCUCAGGAGGCUUAACAAGCCUCCUCUCGCAACCAUCGAGAGCCCAGAUGGAGAUAUUAUAGACUGUGUGGACAUCACCAAACAACCUGCAUUUGAUCAUCCCCUACUCAAGAACCAUACUAUCCAGAUGCGGCCAUCUUACCACCCUAGAAGCCUAUAUCAAAACUACAACAGUACCUCCCAUCCAAUCACCCAAACAUGGCAUCAAAAUGGAAAGUGCCAUGAGAACACCAUACCAAUACGAAGAACCAUGGUGGAGGAUGUCCUAAGGGCAAGUUCUAUCAGCAUGUAUGGCAAGAAGAGGCCCAGGAGUAUUCCGAACCUCAAUUCCAUAAAUCGCCCUGACACGCCAAAUGCAGUGAAAGGGCACCAGUAUGGUGUAGCAGCUGCACAGGAUACUAAAUGCUAUGGAACUAAAGCCUCCUUCAAUUUGUGGAAACCAACAAUUGCUCGGGCAAAUGAUUUCAGCUUGUCACAGUUCUGGGUCAGCGCAGGUUCCUACAGUGGCAACGACCUCAAUACCAUUGAAGCUGGAUGGCAGGUUUACCCAGGUAUGUAUGGGGAUAGCAACACCAGACUCUUCAUCUACUGGACUCGGGAUGCAUACGAACACACAGGAUGUUACAACCUAUGCUCAGGGUUUGUCCAGACAAACACUCAAAUCGCCAUCGGUGGUACCUUGUCCCCAGACUCCACCUAUGGUGGCACACAAUAUGACAUCGAUAUUAUGGCUUGGAAGGACCCACAGAGUGGCAAUUGGUGGCUACAAGUGGGAGGCAAUGACGUGGGUUAUUGGCCAUCCACGAUCUUCACGACCUUGCAACAUAGUGCCUCCUCUGUUGAGUGGGGCGGCGAGGUAGCCUCACCUGACGCUGGCCAGACUUCCACUCAAAUGGGUAGUGGACACUUUCCUAACGAAGGAUUUGGCAAGGCUAGUCACAUCAAGAACUUGCUAGUGGUAGACUCGUCGAACACCCUCAGAGAUCCAAGUGGUGUGAACUUGAUAGCUCCAGACAGCAACUGCUAUAAUGUGCAAAGUGGUACCAGUAGCAACUGGGGCAGGUACAUCUACUUUGGGGGACCUGGCAAGAAUCCUAACUGCCCAUAGUAAAAAAAGUUGAACUACUUUGAAAGCAAAACUAUCUCGUUGACACACGACGAGUACCAAUUUAGCAAUAUAAUGCGUUAUAGUUCACUACAUGACGCUCAAUAAGAAGUGUUAGGGUCUAUAUUAAUGCAAGUAGUAUGCAUAUCCAUGUACUACACGGCCCUGCAAUGGCCAAUCUCUAUGUAUCCAUCAACAUCUGUAAGAUGUAUAUGAUCAAGUUUGAAAGCUUUCACGAGCAGAUGCAUUCACCUUUCA